AUGAACUUACGGGUUAUGGGCACAAAAGAACGUGAUGGCGGCGCGGCUCGCGGAGCCAUACCCGCUGCGGUGGUCCAUAUUCAAAAGAAGACCAUCGAACACCAACUGGAAGAAAAGUUGGCAGUGCCCGCGGCCGCGGCACCCGGACAAGAUGAUCGUCAUGCUCGUAAUUUGUCGGAGCGAAUGUGCAUGAUGGAAUCCCUAGAUUUGGAGCAAGUCGACCGGCAGCGAAAUGAUUCUUUAGAGUCGAGCGUGUUUGGUGCGGCCUUGAAAGCAGGACAGGGUAUAACCUCCUGGCUUUGGAGCGUACUCCUCCUCCCAAGCGGUCACCGACUGUCUCUCCGGCCAUCUACUUUAGUGCCCGACGACCAGCUGUUGCUGGAACCAUAG